AUGGCCGACGCAACAUUUUAUCACGGCUAUGGUGAUGACUCCAUUGCCAUAAUCGGAGUAUCAUCCCCGUUUCCGGAUUCAGAGACCCCCCAACGGUUCUGGGAAGACAUCCGGAAUAACCCCCCCGCGAAGCCGAGCAUAUGGAUCCACAGCAUCGACUUGGCCUUCAUCCGGCCUACGAAGCUCUACCAUCCGGGGGAUAUUCAGUCCGUCAUCCUCAGCGACAGAAAACGUGAGCUACUACAUCAGCAUGUCUCUUGUGACUAUGAAGAUAACGUGAAUAGCCAUCCCCUAACGGCAUAUUCCUUCACUGGCACUGCGAGGGCCUUCUCAAGUGGUCGAAUUAGUCACUUCUUUGGUCUCAAUGGUCCGUCCAUGGUGAUUGACACGGCAUGUUCGUCUUCUGGGGUAGCAAUCCACACGGCCUGCAGGGCCAUUCAGUCGGGACAAUGCUCCAUGGCUCUGGCUAAAGGCAGCAACCUCAUGGGCCCAGAAGCCAGGUUGCACCAAAAUCUAGCGACGACCUCUUUCUUGAGCCCAACUGUUCAGUGUCGACCCUUUGAUGCUUGCGCAGACGGCUACCGUCAGAGCGAAGGCGGAGGCUUCGUUCUGCUGAGAAGAGGCUCUCUGAAGAGGCUCUCUGUUGCAGUGGCGGUUCACGACUGCAUCCUCGGCGUGGUCGCAGCCUCAGCCGUCAAUAAUACCAAGGGAAGUGGAUCAAUCACACUGCCAUCGGCUGAGUCGCAGAGUCAUCUGUACCGACUUGUGCUGAAGACGGCAUGCCUGCAACCGCAACAAGUGUCGUACGUCGAAGCCUAUGGCACUGGCACUCAGAAAGGCGACCUGAUCGAGCGGCAGAGCAUUGAAAACGUCUUUGCAGGACAUGGUUAA